GACCACCUGUGCAGAUCCACUCCAUGCUCCAAACCCAGUCGAAGACAAGACUAGUUGGCGCAAACUGUCCCGGAAUCAUUUCGGCGAUUGGAAAAUGCCGCAUUGGCUUCCAGCCCCUGCCCUGCUUCGCGCCCGGUAAUGUCGGCAUCGUGGCGAAGUCGGGUACUCUGAGUUAUGAGACUGUUGCAUCGACCACGCGGGCAGGCCUGGGCCAGAGUCUUUGCAUCAGCAUGGGAGGUGAUGUCCUCGCUGGGACGAACUUCGUUGAUGCGUUGAAGAUAUUCGAGAAUGAUCCCGACACCGAGGGAAUCAUUCUUGUUGGCGAGAUUGGUGGAACGGCGGAGAUUGAUGCGGCGGAAUGGAUUAAGGAUUAUCGACGGAGGAGUUCGAAUCCUAAACCCAUCAUGGCUCUUGUCGGUGGUCGAUACGCACCUCCAGGCCGUAUCAUGGGCCAUGCAGGCGCAUGGACGGCCCCUGGAGAGCCGGAUGCAAGCGCCAAAUACAAGGCUCUGGAGAACGCUGGAGCGGUCAUGGUCAACCACCCCGAGGACUUUGGGGAGGGAAUGAAGACUCUAUUCAGUAACCGGGGGCGUGUCCAAGGAUCAACGUCCGCCAAUCCGGCCAACCAGAAACGAGGUCUCCAUACAAUGAGACGCGUGGCCCUUAGAAACACCAGACCGCAGUUCCUACCACAGUCACAGACUCGCUCCCUUUACAUCAAACAAUUCCAAGCCCUCGACAUGCUGAAACAGAAAUCCGUCCCCGUUAUCGACGCGCCACCUUCGGACUCGGAUAUCUUCCUGUCCUUGACCGUCGAUAGAACAGCACUAACACCCUGCGUUGUAGCCUCAACCAAGGCAGAUUUCGACCGCUCACACACAGCCCGUUUCCCAUUCCCCUACAAAACCCCAGACUUCAAUACCUCAAACCCUCUGAUUGGAAAUAUUGCAUCUCAAUUACAACUCCCGGAAACUGCACAUGGAGGGCUAGCGAACUUAGUCCAAGCCUUGUGGCAGAUCUUCAAGGAAAAAGAAGCGUAUCUGCUCGAAGUCCGAGCUAACCCUUCCACGCAAGGGACCUUGGAAGUACGAGGCGCGCGCUUCGGAUUUGACGAUGCUGCGUUCAGAAGCUCAGGGCGUCAAGCCGAGGUUCAUCAAUUGAGAAACACCGCCCAGGAAGUCCCUGAGGAAGUCGAGGCAGAGAAAGAUGGCAUCGUCUAUGUCAAGUACGUUAUACCUUCCGAUACAAAGCACCUUGAUCCUGACAUUAUACUCACAAGACUCAAAACAGACUCGACGGCGAAGGCAGUAUCGGCACCUUAGUAAACGGCGCCGGCCUGGCAAUGAAUACAGUCGACGCACUAACCCUCCACGGCGGCCACUGCGCCAACUUCCUCGACACCGGCGGAAAAGCCACAUCGGAGACCGUCAAGUCAUCUUUCCGGAUCAUCGUCUCGGAUGCGCGCGUGAAGGCCAUUUUCGUCAACAUCUUCGGCGGCUUAACGCGGUGUGACAUGAUCGCUGAAGGGAUCAUCAUGGCAUUCCGGGACUUGGACAUGAGCGUACCUGUUGUGGUGAGAUUGAGGGGGACGAAUGAGGAGGAGGGGCAGAAGAUGAUUGCCGAGAGUGGCCUUCCUCUCCACGCCUUUGAUAAAUUUGAAGAUGCGGCAAAGAAGGUGAUCGGUCUUGCUGGAGGGAAGCCCUCUAGUGCAUGAUAUAGAGUGUUUCGUUACUAGGUGGAAUAGAUAGCGGUAGAUGCCAAG